UCGAAUUAGCUGCCGAGACGGAUAGAGCAAAAUGGAUUUUUGGCAAUGUCGAGAAGGAAACAAAGAGUAUAAAGGUUACCUCCAACUUUCCUUGGGUUUCCUCAGCAGUUGCGACUUCUUCAGUUCGUCACCCAGCACUUCAGUCUUGCACUCGAUAUUUCUCUAAACCCAACAUGUUCUCCACCAAAAGUUUCUUCGCUGCCUUUGUCGCUUUCGUCGGCGCUCAGGUUGUUUCUGGCGCUGCGCUCGCCCCAGCGACAAUCACUGCCUGCUCCGGCACCAUCAACCCGCCUAACGGAUGUGUUGACAUCCCCGUCGUGUCCGACGAUUGCACGGAUUUCACUGGAGGCCUCAGCUUCCUGAACAAGGAAAUCUCCAACGUUGAAGUCCCUGCAGGAUUCGUGUGCUCUUUCUACGAGGAAUUCGGAUGCCUCGGGAGUCAAAACGCGCACAACGUCGUUGUGCUUACUGGUGGAACCUGGAAUAUGGAAUCCGUUCCCGGAAUCGCUUCGACCCAGGACUUCAAUGACAUGGCGAGCUCUUUCACUUGCUCCCCGGUUUGAUGUCGAGAGCUGUUUUGUCGGAGUACCACGAUAAUCUGUGUUCGUAGUAGUUAUAUUCGUGGCUCUUGGUCUUUCUGAAUAUUAUUGAUAUGUGACUCUUGCUCGUCUCCGAU